AUGGCUCUGUUCACGGACUCAGACUUCUCUUUACUCAAACACAACCAGCAGAGAGACAUGGUGGAUUUUAAGGCGUUAUUUGGAGAACCGGACCACUGUAAAGAUGCCCGGAGUGAGUGCGCGCUGUCCUCUCCGGAGCCGGACAGAGCCGCCGCCGCCGCCGCCGCCGCCGCCGCCGCCGCCGCCGCCGGUUUGAUGGAGGGCCAGAGGAAGAGGAAGAGGACCAUCUUCAGCCGAGCCCAGCUGUCUGAAUUGGAGCAGGCCUUCGCUGUGACUCCCUACCCGGACAUCGCCCUGAGGGAGAGGCUGGCCGCGCACACACACCUGCCCGAGAGCAAGAUCCAGGUGUGGUUUCAAAACAGAAGAGCCAGAAGUAUCAAGAUUGUGAGACAGCCCAAGUCCACCAAGCCUGGCCUGGGGGGUAGAGAGGUUGUAGAUCCCCCCCCUGGGCCUGUGAGCUCCGCUUUCCUUACCUCAACCACCCUGACGGACAUAUUCAGGCAAGAGCCGAACCACUCAUGUGAGGAUGUCCCACAGAUUUAUUCCGACUGGAUCCACAUCUACAGCAACCCAGCGUCAUCGCCGCCGCCAUCUUCCUCAUCUCUCCACCAGCAGCCCACAAUGGGUCCCUCAAAACCUUCAGAGUGUCGUCUCUGGGAUGAGGAGCCCCACCAGCGGCAGCAUCUGGGACCAGCACUCCCCGGUUUCCUUCCUGGUUCGUUUCCUCAGCCUAUCAGCAGGCAGCCUCACCACUCGGCCGCCCCCCGCUCCUACCAGGCUUUCAGGAACUUCAAACCCCAGACUAUGGCUCCAUCUGGGACUCAUCAGGCCGUGUACGGAGGCAGCGCGGCAGGUGGAGGUCACGCCUCUGUAGACCAGGUAGUCCCCUCCCACCCUCAGCCGGUGUACUGGGAGGUAACUCAGGGCCAAGGUCCCCACCACUCACACCCCCAUCACCACCCACAGAUGGGACCGCAGACCUCCAUGGGCUACAUCUCAGACCUGAUCUACAACGCUGCUAUCGUCACCAACUUCCUGGAAUUCUGAUUAGUCUGUGGAUGUGGAGCGUGAACAGGGAAAUAUUAAUACUGGAUAUAGCUACUAUAACUAUUUCUGUCUCCUUUGUAUUUCCUGUUACAACACCUCCUGUGUCUACAUCUGUCAUGUAUGUUACCAGAGCCGAAUGUUCCUCAAACCUCUAUAUAGGCUACUACAGAGUUAUUAUCAAGUUGUAGUUUUUUUUUUUUGUAUACUCCAGUCGUGUUUAAUAUGUUUUGGAUUUAUUUGAUUUAUAUAAUCCCACUUCAAUUUACAAUAUUUUACAGUUGCUUUGGAUCUGUUUUCAAAGCAGAGUUUCAAUGUGCAAUGCAAAACUUUAAAUUCAAAUAGCCAAACUGGCUCGGUAAAGUCUUCAGAACACGUUUCAGUGCUUAUUACUGAGGGUACAGAUCACUGCAUCAAAUGCACCAUCAGUGUGUUUAGAAGCAUUUCUCUUUAUUCUAACAAUAGCUGGUGAGCAGCAUUACAACAUGAUGCUAAUGACUUCCCCCCGACUGCCUUGCAUGUCAAAAGUAUGAAAGUGGUGGGAAGAAGAAAAAGGGAAAAUAAAUGUUUUGAAUACUAUCACAUUUUGUCUGCUGGUAGUGUAAAUUGUGGUUUCAUGUUAUAGCCAUGAAUUCCAGCAUUACUUUAGCUUUAGAUUAGAUUUAUGUGUGCGUGUAAUAUUUAAGGUUUGAAUAGAAACAAAAGUGGUCGAUAGUAACAGUACAAUCAUGAUCAUUUUGUCUUUAAUGAAUAUAAGAUCUACUGUAGUUUAAAAUGUAGACUGCAUUAUCUACGGUAUAUUUACAGCAAUGCCACAUAUGAAUAACAUGAGAGUCAUUCUUACUGUAUUUGCUCAUUAAUUGCUAGUUGUAUAAUGUUGAGCAAAUGCCCACUAACAGAUGGUGUUUUGAUGAGAAUUGGUUUCUGUUUGACAGCACUAUUUUAUUUUAAAAUGCAACAAUGGUUACAAUUUUGCAAUGGACAUUUACACACAGUGUUGUAAUUCCCUGAUACAUGCACUGGUGGGAAAUUUGAUUUGUGUGCAACGUGAGAUUCUGAGUACAGCAUUUUGUGUUUAGAGUCUUGCGAAUCGAAACUCUUGUUGUGAAAACUGAGCCAAAGCAACUGUAAAAUAUGUCAAGAGUCGUGCAUAUAUAGACUUGUUCAAGUGUGUUUCUAGUCUGGUUUUGAUUUUCUCUCAAUAAAAAAAGGACUAAUGGAAGGAUGCAUAGAGCAGCUCACUAUCCCACCAACUUGUCACACAGGGGAAUCACUGAUGUACUUGAUAUGGAUUCUUCUCCCAGAUGCCAGCUCCUGUUUUCCUGCUCUAAGCUGAACUGUGGCUUGUUUAAUGCUUCGGCCCUGCAAGCAUUAUCUUUCAAAACAUCCUGAUUAAAAUGAUUCUUU